CUGUCUCUCUUAAGGUUGCAAAGAGAAGGUAGAGAGAGAGAGAGAGAGAAAAUGAGACUUGCAUCGACGACUUCCCAUCCCUGAAAUCAAAGCUUCUUCUUAGGGUUCUUAUCCUGCUACUUGGCUCACCACUGAGAAAGUGGUGAAUGAUGCCAGCUAAAUCUAAUGAAGAUCUGCAUAGAGCAUGGUGCUGAGACUGCGCUGCGACCUAUCUACUCCCAACCUUGGUGGCGUGGAGUGGGGAAUGGUACAGCAUCAUCUAUGGUGGAUCAUAGUAGUAGUAUGGUCAUGAAUGGAGCUAUGCAGGCACAAACUAAUGCUAGGCUGGAUGGUCGGGCCAACUUCAAUAAAGAAUUUCGGACUACAGUAGAAUCACAGUCUGAUGGGAAUAGUGGAAGUGAAAACCAACAUACCAAAAGCGUUUCGUCCUCAGUGGUUCCUGCAAUGGGUCAACACGUGGAUCCAAACUCACAAAUGGAACUUGUUGGCCACUCAAUUGUUAUGUCAUCGUAUCCGUAUGCAGAUCCACAAUAUGGUGGGAUGCUGACUCCUUAUGGGCCACAAACUAUGUUGCCUCCCCACUUCUAUGGUAUGCAUCCUGGUAGAAUGCCUUUGCCUCCUGAUAUGGAAGAGGAGCCUGUGUAUGUAAAUGCCAAGCAGUACCAUGGUAUUUUGAGAAGAAGACAGUCACGUGCUAAAGCUGAGCUUGAAAAGAAACUUAUAAAAGCUCGAAAGCCAUAUCUUCAUGAGUCUCGACACCUGCAUGCAUUAAGGAGGGCAAGGGGGUGUGGAGGUCGCUUCCUUAAUAAAAAGAAACAAGAUGAUAACGACGAAAAUUCCUCACUAGAAAAGGGCAUGAAUUAUGAUGGAAACCAUUCAGCUGAAUCUGCCAAAUCUGGUUUUGAGUGCUGUCCAAAUACCAGCAAUGGGAAUUUUGAUUCCUCAAAUGUCCAGCAAGACAGAUCAGGUCAAUGGCUCAGGACACACAGCCACCACACACACUCUAAUGGUAAUGGCAAUGGUCAUGGCCCAUCAUCAGCAUACCCUUCCACGUUUGGUGACAGCAAGGAAAGUGUGUUCCUGGGUCAACAGAGGGAAAACAUGCAGUUGAAUGGGUUGUCUCGCGGCGCCAUCCCCAGUAAAUGAGAUCCCUCUACGAGGAGAUGCUCAAGGCGUGCAGAGUCUCUCUUGGAGGACACCCGGCUGUGCAAUGUCAGUAUCCGGCAACUCAUUCUUGGCUUUGGUUACCUUGUAAUUAUUGGGGGUGGGGCGGAAGGAGAUGGUGGUGGAGUUCAUGUCGUCUUGAGCCUGCCAUCGCUUGCACUCACUCCUGUUGUAGAAACAGUAACAAAAGGCAUCAGUUGGGAACUUAAAACCAGAAAAUUAGUUGUGAAUGUGUAGAUUCUAAACACUGCAGGUAUUUUGAUUUUCGAAAGUGUGUUGUGACUUGGGUUUCGGACGAAAUUUAGGGUUGUGGUGACUCCUGAAAAGACUAUUUCCCAUCCCUGGAGGGGAGAAUUUGAUCUGUGUUUCUAAAUGUAGCUAUAAUUAUCUGGUUUUCUUAGCAGUCCAACUACUUUUUGAGGCACUACUGGGUUUGAUUAUUGUUACGUAUUUUUACAACA